AUGAUGAUGAUGAGUUCAGGUGUUGUGUCCACUAGGCUCCCCGAAACUGAUGGCUCGUUGCUCAGAAAAAGAAAAAGUACCCAGAAACAGGAUGACAUUGUGGAGGAAAACUUGUUGAACAAUAUUGACAGUUUUUUGGAACAACUUGAACACAAAUUAGAUAAUUUUGAACAAUACUUUCUUAAGAAUAGGAAUGUUGAUCCAACCAAGGUGAAGAAUGGUGUUACCAAUGCCGCCAGUUCAUUUGAAGAAGAUUUGGAGAACUUUUAUGGGUCUUUAAAGCUCAUGAAAUCCUCUUUGCUAGAAUCAACGGCUUCCAAAUUGGAAACUAUCAACAGUUUCUUUAUCGACAAUUAUAGUGCGCUUUUCUCAAAUCCGAUCCACCCAACAUCAUCCACAGAUAUACCGCCAACCAUUUCAGACUCUGAAAACACUAUCAAUUAUCAAAUCAUUAGUGGAUUGGAAUACCUUGAAGCAAAGCUCAAUAAGAUUGAUCAGCUCAUUGGCAACUUCCAGCCAAAAUUCAAUAUGGAUUAUCUCAAUUACUAUAAUUAUGAUGAAGCCGUGAGUACCGGUUAUGAUGGCCAUCUUCAUUAUUAUCAAUUACCCUUUUUAUGGAGAGAAAACAGAUUUAUUAUUCACGGUUACAGGUUCUAUCCAGAAAGACACAGAUUAUUGAAAAGUAUUUUCUCGGUCCCAUUUCAUAAUGAAUCUGCCAACAUUUGGAGUCAUUUACUGGGUGCUUUGUUCCUCACAUAUUUGGCAUUUUAUCACUACCCAACUACUGAAGCCUACCUAAGAAAUGAGUUUAAUCACUGGUUAGAUCAUGGUUGUGUUUAUUUGUUUUUUUUUGCGUCCUUGAACUGUUUGGUUUGUUCUACUUUGUGGCAUACAUUUGCUGGGACCAGCGUGUUGAAUUUUAGAAAUCGUUGUGUGUGUCUUGAUUACACCGGCAUCACUGUGUUGAUUUCCGCAUCAAUUAUCACUACUCAGUACAGCACUUUAUAUUACUUCCCAAAGCUUAAACUUACUUGCGUUACUGCCACUUGCGUAUUGGCCGGUCUAGGUUUCUUUUUAAAUUGGUCUCCAAGAUUUGACAGGCCGGAAAGUAGACCUCUUAGAGUCUGUUUUUUCGUUUCUUUGGCAGGAAGUGGUGCGGUUUGCUUCCUUAUUCUAUGCUUUUACAAAGGAUUUUCUCACUCACUCCAGUAUUUCUCUCCUUUAUUCCCGUCAUUUGCUUCAUAUCUUACCGGUGUUGUCUUUUACAGUUUGCUUAUCCCAGAAAGAUGGAGAUCUGACGUGAUUCUUGAUGAAAAACUUCCAGAUACUAAUUGCUUAUACGAAACAAUCCAUGCGGAUCUCAUGGCAAGCAAGAAGAACAAGACCUUCCAAGAUUGUGCCUGUGAUAGUGAUUUGAUCAACAGAAAGUUUUUGGAAAGACACUUUUUGGCAGAGCCAGAAAAAACCAAGAAUCAUGGAAAUUUCACUUCAUUGUGGUGGGUCGAUUACGUAUUCUCUUCUCAUUCCAUAUGGCACUUUUUUGUGUUGGGUGGUAUCUUGGGUCACUAUUAUGGUAUUUUACAGAUGUUUGCCAAUAUCGAAGUGAACAAACCAAUAGUGAAUUAA